AUGGAGCUGGCCGAGCCGCAGCUGCUGGACGCGCUGGCCGCGCUGCUGGGCGCCCUGGGCGUCCUGGUCUUCGUGCUGCUGCGCCUCGUGGGCUCGCCCUACGGGCGCUACGCCCCGCCCGGCGCCCUCUGCCCGGUGCCCGCGCGCCUCGCCUGGGCGCUGCAGGAGCUGCCCGCGCUGGCCGUGCCGCUCUGCCUGUGCGCGCGCGCCGAGCGCCUGCACUGCUGGCCCAACCGCCUGCUGCUGGCCAUGUUCCUCGUCCACUACGCGCACAGGUGCUUGGUCUACCCGCUUCUGAUCCGCGGGGGGAAGCCCUCCCCCUUGUACCUGUGCCUGGUGGCCUUCCUGUUCUGCACCUGCAACGGCUACUUACAGAGCCGGUACCUGAGCCGCUACGCGGUGUACGCGGACGACUGGGUCACUGACCCCCGGUUCCUCGCAGGCUCGGCGCUGUGGCUGGCCGGCAUGCUGAUCAACAUCCACUCGGACCAUAUCCUCAGGUGCCUCAGGAAGCCGGGGGAGACCGGCUACAGGAUACCACGAGGAGGCUUGUUCGAGCUCGUCACCGCGGCCAACUACUUCGGGGAGCUGGUGGAGUGGGGCGGCUUCGCGCUGGCCAGCUGGUCGGUGCAGGCCGGGGUCUUCGUCUUCUUCACCUGCUGUAACCUGGUCCCCCGGGCCCAGGCGCAUCACCAGUGGUACCUGGAGAAGUUUGAAGAUUAUCCAAAGUUCAGAAAAAUUAUAAUUCCAUAUUUGUUUUAAGUUCACAGUCAAAUCCCUUGAAUUUGAAGCGUCUGACACUUCUCUAGGGUUUUAGAAACGGACUCUCCCUCCCCUGCUGCUUCGUCACUGUCAGGAUCUGCUCUCUGGCCCUCUUCCUUGGGGGCUGUAAGCUGUGACGCCAAGGGUGCCAAAGUGCAUAUGGAAGCCUCACUCUGGACACCAGGUCUUGACUGGCCACUUCUCUCUGGGACUGGCUCUGGAUGAGUGUGCGAAGGUCUCUAGGCUGCCGAGUCCAGCCCCUGCCUGGUUGCAGGUCGCAAGUGAGUGGCCUCCACCCUCCCCGGUGAUGUGCUAUCUCAGGGCCCCCCCAUCCCCCAGGUUAGAGGCCUGGGUACCCCAGUACAGUCCUGGUCUCAGAUGACCUCUUGGGCUCCCCAUGGAACCCAGGAUAGAGAGAGGCGAGGCCUGGACUCAGGACAGCACUGACCCCUCAGAAGGGGCUCGAGGGGCCUGCUGUGUCCUGGGCUCCGAGGACUCCUGGGGAUCCACAAUGUCUGCUCAGUUGCCAUAAGACAUCACUCUCUGGGCUAAGAAGGCUUUUCCUGUUGCCUUCUAGGUACAACUAGAAUUUUCCGAGGCACUGUUAAGUACCUCUCAGUCUCGCAAAGCAAUACCUUGACCCAUUCCUCAUUUAGACGCCUUAUGAGGUCGCAGGGGCACGCCAGCCGCCGGUUUUAGCGGGCCUGCGAGUUUCCGAUGAGUGGAAGCCGGGGGCCCGCUGUCCGAGAGGGCUGUCUGGACGUCUGGUCACCUCCAGGGAUGGUGCCACGAAGUGGUUUUACACGGGCACACGUGGUGGACCACAGCUCAGUGUCAGCAUCACGUCAGGCCAGAGGCCUGUGUGACUGGCUCCUUGGCCACGCUGGGUUUGUUGGUGCCAUCUGACCCAGCCUGCAGUACCCCUGAGCUGACCUGGGUGGAGAGGGAACCCCAGUUGGAAGCUGUGGGAUCCCGUGGCCACUCUGUGGACGUCUCCCGAGCAGGCCUCCAGGCAAACAGCUUGAUGGAGGAUAAUGUGGUGUCUGCAGUUUGAGAAGCACUCUGUGCCCUCUGGAGCCAGGGAAACGCAGGCAAACAAGCGUGGCUUGGACACGCCCACGCGGGGUUGUCCGGAGAGCCUGGAAUCGGGGAAUGCAGCGCCUGUCCGGGAACGUGAAGCCGGACACCGGGGCUGGGAGGGAGGGUGCCCCGGGCAAGGCAGGUGCUGCUGCAGCACCGCACUGGGCCAUAGCACCACGGACAGCGCCACCGCCUGCCAGCGGCCUUCCAGGGCCACCCAGCGGGGAGUUCCUGCGGGGCUGACCAGGUGUUAGGGGAGGACACCUGAUCCGCAGCCCCCGCCCCUGGGGUUAGGUGACUCACAUCUCUCUAGUCCAGAUGCCUCAGGCCUUGUCUGGUGGACUGCAGCCUGCUGGGGGGACAGGCCGCCUACCUUCGCAGCACACCGUGUGCCCUGAGUGUCCAAGGGCGGAGGACAUCACCGGAGGAGGGGCUCAGCUCUGUCAGAGAUGAGAAAGCAGUUUUACCCCUUGGGGAGUCCUCAGGAACAGAGGCCGCCCCUGUAGCCCUGUGGAUGUUUGGGGAAGUCAGGAGGGGCGGAGCGCCUGGGAUGGAGC